AUGUCUCUCCAGAACUUGUUUGUGGCCAAACUGCCGCGCAACAUUAGCGAUGCGGACCUCCUCCAUAUCUUCAGCGAUUUUGAACCCUCCAGUGCUAAGAUUAUGCUGGACGCCGCGACCGGCAAGAGCAAGGGAUUUGGUUUUGUGCUCUUCGACGAGGAGGAGAAGGGUGCCAAGGCGUACAAAGCACUGAACCGUAAGAUGACACGCGCGUGUGGGCACAGUUUCACGCUGGUGAUCUACCCCUCCAACCACAAUGGCAAGAUCUUCACCGAAGAGAGCAACGCACUGUAUAUCCGCAAUAUCCCGAUCAGCAUCGGCCAGGAAAAGAUGGAGCGCUUCCUGAGGACCUUCGGCAACUUGAUCUACUUUGCCAUGCGUGAGGACCAUUACGGCAAUCCCGUGUGGGUCGUCUACGCCGAGUACGAGACCGUCGAUGAUGCCAAGAAUGCUCUAGCGAAGCUCCACGGCAACAAUACCUAUUUCCACGGCUCGGUGCCGAUCCUCGCCAAGUUCGAGGACAGCGAUGAUGCCAAGAAGGAGCGGCGGCGCCGUCGUGACGGCAUGCAGACACACGCUCCGAACAGCGGGUGCAUCUUUCCGCCACCGCACAGCCACCACGAGAACUCUGGAUCGCUUCACACCGCUUCCACGACGCUGAGCAGCGAGAGUAUCGUUUCUAGCGGUCACGGCGGCAGCUCGAACAGGACGGUGGAGUCGAAAACGUCUUCUAAGAGCACGGCCGGUCCGCGUCGCAGCGGCACCGGUGGCAUCGCUGCCGCCGUGCCGCUCCUGACACCUGCGAGUGCGCCACCGCCGUUCCUGCCUGCAAUGACGGACGUGGCGCAGAACACUCCGACGGCGGCCUUUUCCAUGCCGCAGCAGCUGCUCCAGUCGACGCCAGGCUACUUUUACACGCUUGGCGAGAGCGGACAGCAGAUUUUCGUUCCUGCGUCAUCCUUCAGCUCCUCGAUGCCGCCCUACAACUUUGCCCCCGCCACGCAGUCGGCACCCCUUCUGCUGCUGAACCCACCGAUGCAGACAACGGAUGCUGUGGCCAAGCCGAACUUUUCCCUGCUGAAUCCCGCCGCGAACGCGACCGUGGUGCUCAUGGAGAAUGGGCUGCACUACAUGCUGACUCCUGAAGCCAUGAACAUAAACUGCGAGCCAUUCUCGUCUCCGACGUCGGCUUAUGGACCGAUGCUGGCUGGCUCGCAGCCGAAGAGCCUGUUGGGUAUGAGCAGCAGCCAAGCAACCUACACGAACGGAUCCGCUUGCUCGAUAAACUCCUUCGGCCCAUGCCUUGAUGCUCUCUAUACAGACCCACUUCACGUCGUGCCUCUCCGCUGCGACGCUGAAGAUGAGGUUCUCGGCGAGGCAAGCAUCGCAGGCCCCAACACCGAAGACACCGCUCGUGUUCACGCUCUGCAGCGCGCGAGCACCGAGGGAAGCGUGAUCACCGGCCAACGGGGAUUAGGAGUGGGCUGGUAG